AGCCAAUGUGUGUCCAAAGCGUUCAUUGAAAACACAAUUUCAUUCAACAACUGAUUAAAUGUCUCACAAAUUAUACAUUCAUUUCUUAUGACUAAUUAUACGUGAAAUUGAAUCAAACAAUUAGUGAACAAUUGGUCUGAAUUUGCAAUUUAGAUAUUGUUUGUCAUAAUUAGAGCUAUUUUUAGUAUAAUUUGUUAUAAUUAUUGUAUUUAACGACACAAACGACUCAUCGCUUGUUAUAAAAGACUGUUUUUUGUGGAAAAAAAAUAAUAAAAAUAAUAAUUUGUUAUUUGAAGUGAUUUUUUGGUUUUAUUGAAUCCAGUAUUCAAUUGAAAGGAAAUAUUAAUUCAUUAAUCAAUAACUGAAUCCUCUUUUCUGUCACAACCAAUAAUGGUCUCCAAAGACGAUGAAUACGAUUAUCUCUUCAAAGUGGUACUGAUCGGUGACUCCGGUGUCGGCAAAAGUAAUCUAUUGUCUCGAUUCACGCGAAAUGAGUUCAAUUUGGAGUCGAAGUCGACAAUCGGUGUUGAAUUCGCCACAAGAAGUAUUCAAGUGGACGGCAAGACUAUCAAAGCGCAGAUCUGGGACACCGCCGGUCAGGAGCGGUAUCGCGCCAUCACUUCGGCCUACUAUAGGGGAGCCGUCGGCGCACUCCUG